GGAUCACAGCACGGGCACUUCAGUCUUGAACUCGAUCGAGGAAAAGUCGCUGGCGGCUUGAGCGAGCUAAAAUUUUUGUGUAAAUCAGUUCAUAGAAAAAACAUAAGUACACAUAAUUCCCGGACCAGAAUAUAACGAUCGUUCCCCUGUGCAUCUGUCGGUGAGAGCGUUGAACGAAAAGAGCCGCGAAAAUGUCAGACAGAAAAGCUGUUAUCAAGAAUGCUGACAUGUCCGAGGAGAUGCAGCAGGACGCUGUCGACUGUGCGACCCAGGCUUUGGAAAAGUACAACAUUGAGAAGGACAUCGCAGCCUUUAUUAAGAAAGAGUUCGAUAAAAAGUACAAUCCGACGUGGCACUGCAUCGUAGGACGUAACUUCGGAAGCUACGUGACACACGAAACCAGACAUUUUAUCUAUUUUUACCUGGGUCAGGUAGCGAUCCUUCUCUUCAAGAGCGGUUAAAUCGGAGUCUAUUCUGUAAUCACCAUCCUUUCUUCUUCCCUUCACACACGCUACAUGGAAAUACCUUAAGUCACGUCACCACGUCUGUAAGAGAAAUUACAAUAAUAUGUACAAUGGAAAUUUGUUUUUCAAACGAAACACGCAUUCCUAAUUGAAAAGAAACAAAGUAUAUAAGAAUCAUCGGUACUGUCGACUUUGCUGUUUUACUUCUAUUCGGGAAAUAUAUAUAAAUAUAUAUAUAUAAGGUAAUGACGAUAAAUUCUGUAGAGAAUGAAACGGGAAAGGCGGGUGGGAUGAUGAUUGACUAAGCGGGAAGGAUAAAAUAUGAAAGAAAUCAAUUGACAUACAAUCUUACAUGUUGAAAUGUAUCGUGUAUGCCAGAAAGAAGUUUGUUGUGUUCUUGUUUUAUAUUAGGUAUAUAUAAUGCGAGGUUGAGUUCAAAUACUGGCGAAUUUAAAUUAAUAAAAUUUUAGUGUUCAAAACACGCUAAGUGCACCCGAGAGUAUGUAAUGUAACAACGUCCAUACAGAUUUCAUGUACGGUUUUUAUUUGCGAAUCGAGAAAAUUGUAACCGAUGGUCGUUCAAUAAUGAGAGCCAAACCUUGAUUGCUAUGCGAUCAUUAAUUAUUGUUUCAUGUAACGUUGUGUAAAUCGUCCCUUUAUUCUGUGAUGCUGUGGUUGGAAAAACAAAUGGUUCAAACCCCGAUUUGUUCGUAAGACUAGGAGGAAAAAUUCAAAGAUCAAAGGCUGACGAGGGAAAGUUUAGUUAUUAUUAUCAUCGGCACACAGAUCGAGAGAACGCGCGAGAGCGAAAGCGAGAGAGAGAGAGAGAGAGAGAGAGAGAGAGAGAGAGAGAGAGAGACACGGACAGACGUACGUGCGCGCGUAAAAUGUUUGAUCGUGAAUUUCAACUUUAAAUUCACUCGCUGCUAAGUAAGAUGUUGCAUAAUAUCCAAGUCGAGUCAUUGUCAUGAAACUUUUUCUUUUUAAAUAACCGUGCACACGAAACUAAUUUUUAAGGCAAAAUACACUUAGAGAAAUUCA